AGAGCACGGAGCUGCACAUUCCUCUGAAGGUGCGGUGUGGACUUUCCCGGGCGGCAGGUUGUUUCGAGUGGGCUGAAAGAGAUUUGAGAAAGUAGUUUUAACUCCGUAUCAGCGGGCUAAACAAUGACGCUGUCUGUGCGCUUCAGCAACAGUAGCUGCUAGCUGUUAGCCGCAGGUGGACCGGGGGACGCGGUGGAGAAAUGGAGCGCACCGAGAAAUCAGAGACUGUACCUGCUCGUUUUCAGGGAGUGUGACGGUCUGAUUUGCAGGGUUUCUGUGGGCCAUGGCGGGCUGCUGGCCGUGCUGCCCCUGCCUGUUUGUGUGCUGCCUGUCCGAGGAGGACAAGACCGGCCUCGCGGUGGACAAGGAGAUCGCGAGGAUCCUCAAGCAGCAGAAGAAGAAGGAGAGAAGGGAAAUUAAAAUCCUCCUGCUGGGUACUGGAGAAAGUGGAAAAACCACUUUCAUCCGGCAGAUGAGGAUCAUCCACGGACGAGGCUUCUCAGAGGAGGAGAGGAGGAGUUUUGCCAAAUGCAUCUUCCAGAACAUCCUCACAGCCAUGAAGGCCAUGACAGGAGCCAUGGCCGCGCUCAAAAUCCCCUACUUCAACCCCGAGAACGAGAUCUACGGGAAGUGGCUGCAUGACAUAAACACGGUGCAGAUCAGCCAUCUGGAGCGCGGCUACGUGGACGCCAUCCGCCGCCUCUGGGCAGACUCGGGGGUGCGGGUGUGUUACAGCCGACGCUGCGAGUACCAGCUCCUGGACUCCACUGAGUACUACAUGAAUAACCUGGACCGCAUCUCCGCCCCGGACUACAUCCCCACGGAGCAGGACGUGCUGCGGGUUCGAUUCCCCACCACGGGCAUCCACGACUACUCCUUCACCAUCAAGACCAUCACGCUAAGGAUCGUGGAUGUUGGCGGUCAGAAGUCGGAGCGCAGGAAGUGGAUUCACUGUUUUGAAAACGUCACCUCGCUCAUCUUCCUGGCGUCGCUCAGCGAGUACGACCAGGUCCUGGAGGAGAGAGAGACCAUCAACCGAAUGCACGAGAGUCUGGCUCUCUUCUACACCACCAUCCACUCGCCUUGGUUCUUCAACACCUCCAUCAUCCUCUUCCUCAACAAGACUGACAUCCUGGCUGACAAAAUCAUGACCUCUGACCUGCAGAAAUAUUUCCCCAGCUUCCCAGGCAGGAGGCACGACCCGGAUGAUGCUAAGAACUACAUCCGCAAGUUGUACGAGCAGCAGGCCAUCAACCGGGACAACAGGGACCAGUGGAAGACGCUGUACCCUCACUUCACCUGCGCCACCGACACCAACAACAUCCGCAGAGUGUUCAGCGACAUCAAGGACACGGUGCUGCUCAAAUCUCUCCGGGACUACGGGGUCAUCUGAACUCUUACACAGCUCUGGAUGAACUGGAAGAAGAAAUCUGCUGGUUCUUGACUCUGUCUGCACUAUUUUACCUUUACUGAUGAACGCCAGACUUCUUUUUCUACUUUUCUAUAACAACAACUACACUGUCGUCCAUUUUUCUAACCCCCUUCCCACAGGGUGUAUUGAAGAAUAACGAUGGAGGAGUCUUCUCUCACCUUCACCAACACACUGUAAUUGAAUGGAAAUUGGGAGAAAUAACAAUAAUGAUGUGACUUCUGAUCAGGGAGCAAAGGAAUAAACCACUUGUCUCACAGCUAGCAGCUUUCCCCCCCAAUUUCGAGUGUUUGGAACAUGCAGUGACUCCAUAAUUGAAGCAGGAGCAGAGAUGCAGUGAGGUGUUGUGCGGCCACUAACGGAGUAAUAACUUUUCCAAGUGGAGAUGGGGGCCAUGCAGCUUCAGGUUCAAGCACAAACUGUAAUCGCACAAACUGUUUCUAUGAGUUGAAAUCCACGGUAUCUUUUAUUAUCAGACUACCUAAAUCGGGGAUUUUCUCUCAUUGAUUAACGUCACCUCAGAGUCUUCGAUUGUUUCACAAACACUCCUGACAGAGAGCCAAAAUCCCUAUUGAUUACAGUUAAUCUCACACUGGCAGUGUUCCUAUCUGUUCAGCACCGUCUCCCUCAAUUAUUAUGAGCAGAAAGUUUGUGUUACCACCUGGUGAGUCCCUCUCAUGGUGCCAUAUCAGAAGUAUGAAAUAACAUCCCCUGAAUCAAAAUGCAUCUGACUGCACAAGGACUUCCUGGUAUUACUGGCAUACCGCAUUUCACAUGCUAUGUUUUGGGAAAUCAUUUAUAUUUUCUCGCAUACUUAAUAGUAUGGUAGUAUGGGUAUUGGAAAGCUUUUUUACAUUAGGCUAUGUAGGUAGGAGAUUCACUUGGUUGGAAAUGGUGAAACAUUUGUGCCAUUGAAUUUCAAAAUAAAGGCGCAUCUUAAAGAUGAUUUUAGAUCCUUGAUCAUGGAAAUAUAUGGUUUACACAUCCAUAGCGAUGGGUUGUUACACUGCUAAGAUAAACAACAAGAGAAUCACAAUAGAGUAUUCAAUUAAAAGAAAACUAAUUUGAAUUUUGAGUUCUUAGUCAAACACCUAUUCAGCUGAAUGUGAUAGGUAGAUCUACCGGUUGUUGGUGUUGACUCAACACACUGCAGAUUGUUUAAUGUUUAACAAGUUUUGAGAGAAAAACACUGAUGGAGUAAUGGCUUGUUAACAGUCUCCAAAAUGUUCAUCAUUGCUGUGUGGGAAGAAAUAUUCAUGAAGGAGGACAAGAGUGUGGUUUUGGUUGGAAACACUGCAGAAAAAACAUUUUAGGGUGCCUUUAAUCAAUGUUUUUAGGAUAAACAGUGGAUCAGUUGACUUCUUGUAUGAGACAGUACCAUCUCUACAUUGUUAGCCAUUUUUAGCUCUCCACUUCAAUUUGUGUUUUGUUCACUCUCUCCGCCUUCGUAGCGUUUUUUCCAGACGCAACAGGCAGCUUUUGAGCACAAAAGAUUUAAUAAAAAACACUGUUCAUCACCUGCCAAGCCUUAAACAGCAGAGAGUUAGCAACUAGCUGUGAUUAUGGUGGAACAUUGAGCAGCUAGAGAGCAAUGUAUUCUCUGCAGGAGCUGGUGGAGAACAAAUACAGAGCUGAAAGGAGAGUCAAUAUCGCUAGGAUGAGAGCCAAAUAAAUGCUCAUGUUGCUAAAUAACUGCUGGAUUUGAAAAUAAGCCACUGUUUGCACACCAGAUUAAGUUACAUCUGGUCAUACAGUAGUCUCUGAAAUGUGCCUCUUUUGUACUUUUAAACAUACAGCAAUAAAGCCAACAGCAGAUUUUGCACCUCUCAAUGCAAUAAACACACUUUAUUAAAAUCAAUAGCAGACAUUUGAGCACCAAUCACAGUUAGAGUCUGACAGGUUGGAAAAGGUCACGAGGGAAGGAACGGAGCACUGUUUGAAAAAAACGAUUUUUGGGCGAGUUCAUAUCAGAGACGGUGGAAAAGCUGGGUGAAGAAUAUUAAUAUGAGGUCGCAGUGAGAAAUACGUGCGUCUUAUUUAUAUAAUUGUGUGGAAAAGGGGGAUUUAAACAUGUUUUUGAUUAGAAGCGAGAGCUCUAGUGAGCAUUAAGUAAAAAAAGACAAUGAAAUUAUUUAAAUAACUGACCAUGUGUUUAAGUAGUUUUGGCUGCUCUUUUGUUAAAUGUAUAUAGAGUUUAUACUGCUACAGUUGUAUUGUACAUUUACCAAUGACUACUAUUUGAUUGAGUUUUAUCUGCUGUUUUUUAAACACUGUUUACCCACAGCACACACUGUGAUUGUAGUGAAAUACUUUUUCUGCAUUGGGAGAUGACCUGUCGUACGGUGACAGUGGAUUUAUUUUGUGUAGACUCGGGUGGAGGAAGUGGGCAAAUACCUUUUUCUAGUUAACAAUAAAAAACUUGGAACACACAC